AUGAGAAGACCUGGAGAUGGAGGAGUGAUGUUCAGAAGAGGAGGGCAUCGGCAGCACCAGCCGAAGCAACUAAGUGGCGGAGUUAAGGGCAUGUUUGGGAGGGUUUCAAUUGCUGUUAUUGUACUCGUGAUUUGUACUCUCUCAUUGUUGUCGACUAAGAGCUACAAUGGAUCAGUCUUCGGAUCUAAGAUUGAUUUAGAGACACUCUGGGGAACUGCUGCUUCUGGUGGUUGGAGGCCGUCAUCUGCUCCACGUGUCGAUUGGCCCCCUCCUCCAAAUGAGAGCAACGGCUAUCUACGUGUUCGAUGUAAUGGUGGUUUGAAUCAGCAACGUAGUGCGAUUGAUUUAGAGACACUCUGGGGAACUGCUGCUUCUGGUGGUUGGAGGCCGUCAUCUGCUCCACGUGUCGAUUGGCCCCCUCCUCCAAAUGAGAGCAACGGCUAUCUACGUGUUCGAUGUAAUGGUGGUUUGAAUCAGCAACGUAGUGCGAUUUGCAAUGCUGUUCUUGCUGCAAGAAUUAUGGAUGCUACACUUGUGCUACCUGAGUUGGAUGCUAACUCAUUCUGGCAUGAUGACAGUGGUUUCCAAGGUAUCUAUGAUGUUGAGCAUUUUAUCAAGUCGUUGAGGUAUGAUGUACGUAUUGUGGAAAGUAUACCGGAUAUUCGGAAAAAUGGGAAGACCAAGAAGAUAAAAGCUCAUCAGAUUCGCCCCCCUAGAGAUGCUCCUAUCAGUUGGUAUACCACAGUUGCUCUAGAGAAGAUGAAGGAACAUGGUGCUAUCUAUCUUACUCCCUUUUCGCAUCGCCUGGCAGAAGAGAUUGACAACCCUGAGUUCCAACGGUUGAGGUGCAGAGUUAAUUAUCAUGCUCUCAGAUUCAAGCCACAUAUUAUGGAGCUAAGUAAUACAAUAGUCAAUAAACUUCGUGCGCAAGGUCACUUUAUUGCAAUACAUCUUCGUUUUGAGAUGGACAUGCUGGCGUUUGCUGGGUGCUUUGAUAUAUUUUCCCCUGAAGAACAAAAGGUAUUGAGGAAGUAUCGGAAGGAAAAUUUUGCAGAGAAGAAACUUGUUUAUAAUGAAAGAAGGGCUAUUGGAAAGUGCCCGCUUACCCCAGAAGAGGUGGGCCUUAUCUUACAUGCAAUGGGAUUUGACAAUUCGACUAGGAUAUACCUUGCAGCUGGUGAACUAUUUGGUGGUGAGCAAUUCAUGAAACCUUUUCGGUCCAUAUUCCCACGUCUUGAUAACCACAGCACGGUGGACCCUUCUGGUGAGCUAGCAAAGAAUACACAGGGCUUGUUAGGCUCUGCUGUGGAUUACAUGGUUUGUCUUCUUGCUGACAUUUUCAUGCCAACUUAUGAUGGGCCAAGCAACUUCGCUAAUAAUCUCCUGGGCCAUCGCCUCUACUAUGGCUUCCGCACCACAAUCCGACCUGAUCGGAAGGCCCUUGCCCCUGUCUUCAUUGAUCGGGAGAAAGGGCGAGCAUCUGGUUUUGAAGAAGCUGUGAGGCUUGUGAUGCUUAACACAAAUUUUGGUGGGCCCCACAAGCGUGUGUCACCUGAAUCAUUCUACACUAAUUCUUGGCCUGAAUGUUUCUGCCAGACUUCAGCACUGAAUCCUGCUGAUAAGUGUCCACCAGAGAAUAUUUUGGAAAUCCUGGACAAUCAGUUGGAGAGUGAAGUGAGCAGUAACUCAGACUCCAUCCCAUCUAAUAUGACAUCUGAGACGGAUGAAUAGAAAACUUGAGAAAACAUUUUGAUCGUGGUCAUUCCAAUUCCUCAGUGAUGCAACACUAUGAUGCCAAAUUGGAGAAAGGAGGGGGGGGGGGGUUAUUGUUGUCUAGUUCACCCUUUCA